CUCUCGGGCGCGGGCGGCGGAGCGGGCGAUGCGAAGCUGCGGGGAUCGGAGUGCCGGGAGGCAGCAGCGGCGUCGCUGAGCCAGGGACGAUGGGCUGUCUUGCAUUGAAGAAGACUCUAAUGGACAUAUUUCAUGCUUGUUAAUUUUGUUUGGAUGACCUCAAUCCACAAGCUAUCUUUGAAUUGGCAGAAGGAUGUGACUUACCGGAGUAAUGAGUGGUUUGCCAAGGAAUUUUCUGCUGAUCAGUGUGUAACUUCAACUCUCCAGAGAACCAUGCUCAGGGGCUAAUGUAGUCAAAGAAAGUUUUUCCAACCAUAAUAACUGUCAUUUGAAAUUUGAAAAUGAGUACACCAAUGGUUCCAAACAAGUCAUGCUACAAUCUAAUACAGGGCAAUAGAAAUGAGAUGAAAAAUAACAAUGAAAACACGACUGUUGGAGACACAAAUGCCAAUCAAAUCACGUCAGAAGCGACAACAUCUGGAAGGGAGGUGGGGACCAAUGAUUUGGCAGGAAAAACUCAAUUCUUGAACAUUGGUGAAUCAGAAAAUAACAUGCAACUCGAUUUGGAGCAGAACAGACUUCAUGGUACUACCGGUGUGUCUGAGUUUAGGGUGCCCACUACCACCAACAAAGAACUACAUAAGGAUUAUAGAGCUGAUGGAGCUAAGGACACAUCAAGGAUAGUCUCAAUUAGCCGGGGACAUAGUUUGUCCAGUUUGAGGAUUAACACAAAUGAAACCUUUUCAGUGGUUCUUUCAAAAAGCGAUGCUGAUCUCAUUCAGCAUGUCUCAAAGGACACGAUGCCCAGAAGGAUUGAGCCUGAAGGGAUAAAGCGUCUUUCCUUGGGGAGGUCAAGAAAACUUAUGGCUAAAACAGAAGCUUUUGGGAAAGAAUUUGUUGGCCGUGUAUCAGGUAAGCGUUUGCUUUCUGCAUCUCUGGAUUCUAUCGACACUUCACAUCAUUUGACUGGAGAUACUGAGACAUCUCAAAAACCAUCAAUGGACCGUUUUUUAGGUAUGGCAUCAGAUGGAAAUAUUGUGCGUUAUUCAAAAUCUACCUCGGAAACAAAGAAAACAAAUGGCUCUGCAACACAAGUGAGUGUGGACAGUGUACCAAAUUUCAACACACAAAGCACAUUGCAUCCUUCUCAUGUAGAUCAACAUUUAACUGUUAAGUCCAAUGAUAUUAGGAGCAAAUCAGAAGCACAAUUAGAUCAUGAGGGUGAUAAGAGAGGGAAACCAGAGUUGAGGAGUCCUCUGUCUUCACAGCCUAGGAGUCUGUGUCAGCAAAAAAUGGACAGGCUUGUAAUGGGUGAGUUUCUUAGAUGUCAAAGGGAAGAAAAUAACGUUAGGGCACAGAACAAAAAGGAUUAUGACUCUGAAGUACGCAAAGUGAAAUUACGUCACGCCCAAGAUGAUGAUCCACACUUAAAUGAGCUGACUGACUCCACUAGCAACAGGUUAUUAAGCGGCAGCAACUAUUCUAGCUUAGGAAGAGGAGGUCGCCAUAGUGGGAGUGAGGCAGUGAAUCAAGUUAGGGAGAAAUACACAGCUGAAAAGGAGGCACAAGCUGCAUUCUCUUUUACUGAUGAUGAUAAACCCAGUAGCAAACUGACACCAACAGGAAUUGAAAACAUGCCUGACACCGAUACAGGUUGUUUUCAAGCAGUUGGUGGGCAUAUGUCUUUUGCACAUAACAUUAAUCCGCCUGACAUCAAACAUUUAAAUGAUAAUGAGAGUAAGCUGGGGCUAAUUGAAGGGAAUGGUGUACACUUUGCUGGGCUCUCCUCUGAUCUCCUGCCGCGGCCAGAAGUGUUUGGUGCAGAAAGUGUUUUAGAUGAACGUUCCAACAUCCUGGACAACAAUUUAGAAACCACGGGCUUUUCAAAUCAGAGCAAGAAGACACUUAUUGCUAAGAAACAUGUUUCAAAUGAUCCCCCGGAGAGCUGUAAAGGAUCAGCAAGUACAGAUAUCUUUGUGUGUGCCCCAACUCCUUUGCGUCCCAUAGCAACCAUAAAUGCUAAUAACCACUCCACACUGUCCAAUGGCAAUUUGAAAGAUCUUUAUGCGUUUCAUGUUGACAAGCUGUCACCCACUGCAGUCCUACCUCCCCUUGAUGGUACACAAUUGCUAAGCUUAUCCCCCAAAGUGCCUAACAAGGCUUCCUGCAAUAGCGGCAUCCCUAAGCCGAUCCUCAUACAUCCCAAGGGCCCCCAGACAUCUAAGAGUGAUGGGGAAACAAACUGUUUUGAGAAGGCAGAAGAACAUGUCGAGACAAAACCAGAAGUCCCCAAGCCCAAACACGUGAGACCUAAAAUCAUCACGUAUAUCAGAAGAAACCCCCAAGCUAUCAACCAGCUUGAUCAUUCAUUCGUCCCACCUGGAUUACCCUAUGGGUCCACUGCUUGUGGUAUGCCAGUCCCAAAAGAAACACAUAACUCGAAUGAAGGAGAGAUGAAGCCAGCUAACAUUCUCUAUGACAAGUUUAAACCUGACUUUCAGAAACCUCGGAUUUACAGUUCUGGACUCGUAGUGUCUGGCAUUAAAACCUCUGGCCACCAUUUCAGUCAAAUGGGUGAAAAGUUUCUACAGGAGGUUGAGGAAAGGUCUGUGAAAGAAGAAUUUUGCCCUCCACCAUAUACCCACUAUGAGGUACCUCCAACCUUUUAUCGCUCUGCCAUGAUACUUAAGCCCCAGUUGGGCCUGGGGGCAGUUUCCAGGCUACCAUCUGCAAAAAAUAGGAUUUUGAUUGCCAGUCAAAGGUCUUCAGCAAGCUGCAUCCAUCAACAAGGUCCAAUAACAAGCUCUCCCACGCUUUUCCAUGCUGAUGCUGCAGCUGAUCUUAAGAAAAGCCCAAGUCCAAACACCAUAAAGUCAAAUCUACCAAAACCAUGUCCAUCUGGACUUCGCCCACCUGGUUAUUCACGGUUACCAGCUGCUAAACUAGCAGCAUUUGGUUUUGUCAGAAGCUCAAGUGUUUCCUCAAUCUCAAGCAACCAAUCAAGUGACAGUGUCCAAAGUGACCAAAGUAGGACAGCCAACCGUUCGAUCUUUGGAAGUGAAGAGCCAACCAUUCCUAAGGCAGCUGAGCCUUCUAAAGAAGCACCCAAGGGAGCUAGCAGGAGUGCUCCGCAGGCAUCAAGCAGCACACCAGCCACCCGCAGGAGUUUGCUUCCAGCUCCAAAGACAACCUCAGCACCUCCCGGCUCAAAGAAAGAGAUCCAGAAAGAUCAAGAGAUCAACAGGCCCACCGUUUCAUCUCCGAAGAGACUGGUGGUAUCUGCUACCAAGCUCCAUUCACCAGGACACCCUAAACAAAGGUCAUCUGUUACAAGGAAUGGAUUUUCUCCAAAGCCUGACCUGCAGAAUCGAGAUGCCGAGCGGCAGUUCAUCCAGCAAAUGAAGGAAAAGUGUGAUGAACAGGCCAGGCGGCUCAGCCGGAUCCAGGAGGAACUCAGAAGAACUGGCUGCGGCUUUGAUGUCUUUGUUAUAACCACACAGCAUUUCUUUAAGAAGAAUGAAAAUGCCCUUGUGAAAGAAAAGGAGCUCUCGGCUGAGCUUGCAAACAUCAAAGAUGAAGUUGCCCUCAGUGCAGCGAAGUACGAGAAAUUACAAAAAGAGAAGGAGGAGCUGGAAAGGAGGUUUGAGGAUGAACUGAAGAAACUUGGCUGGCAACAACGUGAAGAGCUCCAAGUACUGGAAGAGCGGCUGCAGCUGCAAUAUAGCGCUGAAAUAGACCGUCUACAAGAGGAACACCGGACCCAGACUGUCAGGCUGAAGACUCAACACCAAGGACAGGUGGAAGACAUUACAGCAACUCAGGAAGCCACCAUGUUAGAGAUGGAAAAUAACCACACGGUUGCUAUCGCAGGGCUUCAGAACGAAUAUGAAUGCCGCGUUCAAGAACUGAAAUCAUCCCAUGAAGCGGAAAAGAGAGAGCUAGAAGAAAAUUUUGAGAGGCUGCGCCUGACACUCCAGGACCAAGUAGAUACCCUCACCUUUCAGAGCCAAUCGUUGAAGGACAAAGCAAAACGAUUUGAAGAGGCAUUAAAGAAAAACACUGAAGAACAACUAGAGGUUGCCCUUGCUCCCUACCAGCACUUAGAGGAAGAUAUGAACAGUCUCAGGCAGGUUCUGGAGAUGAAGAAUCAACUCAUCCAUCAACAGGAAAAGAGGAUCUUAGAUCUAGAGAAGCUGGCUGAAAAGAAUUUAAUACUGGAAGAGAAAAUCCAGGUGCUUCAACAGCAAAAUGAAGACCUGCGAGUCAGGAUUGAUCAGAACACUGUGGUCACAAGACAGUUAUCGGAAGAAAACGCGAAUCUCCAAGAACAUGUUGAGAAAGAAUCAGAGGAGAAAAAGAGGCUCAGCCGGACAAAUGAAGAGCUGCUGUGGAAGCUGCAGACCGCAGAACCUCAGAGCCCGGUGAAAGUGUCUCCUACAUCUCCGACCCGGAUUUACCGCUCUUCAUCCGGACCACCCACACCUGCAAAAGUCAGCACAGUGCUCAGAUGACAGGCUUACGCAGCUGUUCUGGCUGACUUGUCCCUGACAAAUCCAAUCUACUGAAUGUUAUCAUCCAAGGACGUAUUACUUGUAGUUAAAAGUAGAUCUCCUGGGUCUGUUGUUAUACCAGCAUGCUCUUUAGCUGUGCAGCUGUAUAGUUCUAGGCAGUGUAGCCUUGUGGUUCUGGCGUCAGAAGCCUCUAGAAUCAGCCUGAGGAUUGCACAGAAUAGUAUAUCCGGUAUAGUCUAUGAAUGCCUCUGCCAGGGUUUGGGCCGAACGCAAUGGAAAAGCUCUUAUUACUUAUUGUUCAGAAGGAACGAACGUUUUGCUGCAGUAUUUCAGGUAAAUUGCAAGUUCAAGUUUUGAAUAGCUGUGUUUGUGUGGACCCUGGACAGCACUCGCCUCCAUGUGUGGAAUAUGAGACACGUGGAACUAACGCCUACACACUUCUGUACAUGUAACUGAAGCAACUCUGGAUUGCAUUUUUUAUAUGAAUGGAUUCUACAAAAGUGCUGAUCUAUUUUCAUUACCAUCAGCAAUUUUUUCUAACUUGUGCCUAAGACUUAUACUGCAAUGAUAAUGCAUUUUUGGUUUUUGGUCAAAGCUUCCCAGGAAUAUUUCUAUCCAAACGAAAAGUUAUACAGAAGUAGAAGCACCUUCCAAAUGGCCACCAAGUGGUUCAUUUUCUAGAGCAAAACACCAGCGACUUUGAAAUCCUGAAAUCAUUACUGCCUUCAGAAACAACCACUUUUCUAAACAAUGCCAUGAUUACUCUUCAUCCAGUUCUGAACAUACAGACUAGGCUAGGAAUCUUGAGAUUUUACAUAGGCCUGUGUUUAUUUAUCAAGAUUACUUAUUAGCCUUAUUGUGGCUAUUUUUAAACUUUCUGAAUGGAUAGCAAGGCAAUAUAUGUAUAAAAUCACUGUAAAAAUUUAUAAAAUCAGUCUGCCCACUGAAACCUUUUUUUUUUUGCUGUGACCAUGGAGCAUAGGCUGAAAGGGUUAACUUAUAGUUUUGUGAGCAUGCUCAGUUUACUUCACUUCAAAAUGGAAGUACUGGAUGUUCUACACCAGGGGUGUUGAGCUCAUUUGUUACAAGGGCCGGAUAUGACAUAAAUGUGACUUGGCGAGGCCCGAGGGUUGCCUCUGUUGGCUCAUGGGCCUGAUAAGCCCCUUCAAGAGUCCAGAUCCAGUCCCUGGGCUGCAAGUUCGACACCCCUAUUCUCUCUCAUUUUGUUGUCCUUCAAUAGAACAAAGCAUGAUCUUUUUGACAAUGAAAUUGGUCCAUCCUUACCUGCAGCAUCAACAUCACUGUCCCAGCAACCCAAGAGAUCACUUGGGAAGCAACAGUGUUAUUGCCACCAGUAAGGCUCUGUGCAAUCCAAGUAUCCCAGAUCCCUUGCAGUGUUGCUGGGGACAGUGGGAGUGCGACAUCCUAAAUAGGAUGGCAUCCUAUUUAACCUUUGCAAAGGAUGAUGAAGAUACAGAUCACAGAUUAUUAUUUUUUUGGCCACUCUAUUAUGUAUUCAGUCUCUGCCUUGGAAACCAAAAAAAGCAACUCACUAUAACCUAUACAGCUGCCACAGCACUUACAUCUAGUGCAAAAGGUUUUGUAGCAGCAGGUACCACAUAGAACACGGGGCUGAUAGACAGUACACUGAUUCCCCCGGAGAGUAGCAUAGAGGUUAAUAUAGUGUUAGACCUUGAGAAGGUUCUUAUAUAUAAGCUAGACAAUGAGACCACAGCUAACGGAUAUUUCUUAU